AUGGCUGGUUUGAUUUCUUAUCCGCCUUCGAACGACCUGGAAUAUUACCUCAACGAAAUUUUGUCCUUAGUAGAGACCUUGAUCAAAAUAUACAAAUUGAACUCCCAAGGGCCCGAAAGGCUUGAACCGAGGUCUUUCUUCCAAAUUAGGGGAGUGAUUAGCUCAACAAUGCUGGUUACCCUCACCGCACGAGAAGCUUCGACCCGGACAAGAGGCCUGUAAGUAAUGAGAGAGUGGCCCAAUGCUGCAGGUACACCGGAAGAGAUGUAUGACGGCAAGAGGAUUGCUCUCGCAAUAGAAGCAGCAGGCAUGGACGAUCGUAAUAGCGAGAACAAAGAUAUUCCCUACGGAAAAUACAAAUCCAUCCCCCAGUUUCGAGAUACGAUGGAUGAAGUUAUCGGUUCUCUUCAGCGAAGGUCGUUUCUUUGGGUUGGAGAGGUUGGAGACUUUGGACUAGGGGGAUUGGCAACCUUGUUUGGGUACUAUGAGGAUAGUGCUGUGCAAUUGGAAUUUAUAGAUCCUGAAGCUCCGCCAUCAGGACCAAUUUCUAUACUGCCAUCCAAGUGA